AUGGUUGUCAAAGAGUUUUACCUGCUGGGAGAGUCCAGCUCGACGGCACGAAAGGUCGAACUCGAGGAUAAGCUGGAUUUUGAAGGUCUGCAGCACUGGAUUGCUGGUCAAUUCGCAAUUGUUGAGCCUAACGGUAUUGGAUUCCAAUCGUCCGACUCCGAUCUCCCCAGCGUCAACGACGUCUACGCGGCCACCGAACCUAUCGCCAUCUCCAUUGAUGGCAAGGGUGUCCGUGAAGUGCCCGGACCCCAGGGUCUGCCCUUUGUCGGCAACUACUUUGAAGUGUAUCCCGAUCACUUGGGCAACCACCAGCGUCUCUUCGAUCAAUAUGGUCCUAUCUUCCAGACCACGAAUAUGGGCCGUACCAUCUACCACACCAACGAUCCCCAACUCAGUGCCAUUGUCUUUGCCGAGUCCGACUUUUUCACUAAGAAGAUCAACGAAGCGCACCCUCUCUACCCGAUCAAGAACAAGGAAGCCGGUGUAUUCCUGGGUGACACGGAUACCCCCGAAUGGCGCACGGCGCACAAGUUCCUCCCCCCGGCGCUAGGCCCCAAGGCGGUGCGUCACUAUGCGCCGACGAUGCAGACUACCGUCGAGGAUGCGUUCAAGGUGUUUGAUCAGCUGGAUGAGGCCGGCGAGGCGUGGAACGUCUACCAGUACAUGCUGAAGCUGGGAUCCCAGGCGGUGGGUAAAUUGGUGCUGGGCAUCGAUUUCAAGCAUUUCACCAGCCCUGAUGCACCACCACACGAGCUGGUCUACCGGAUUGCCGAGUCGUUGACCCUCAACAAGAAGGUCUCGGCCCGCGGCGAUUGGUAUGCUAAGUUGCCGUUUGGAGAUCCCAAGAAGUUGCGGGAUGCCCGCUGGCGGAUCAUCGAAAUGGUGAACGAGUCAAUCGCCAAUGCUGAAAAGGGCGGUGUUGAGGAUCUGCCUCUGCAGGAUGCUGCGCUCAAGGCAUCCAACAUGAUCGACUACGCCAUCCGCGCCACCGACAACAAGGGCGAGAAACUGCCCAAGUCCAGCCUCAUGCAGGCUCUCGUGGUCGCCACGGGUGCCGGCUUCACCACGACCAGCUCGCUCCUCUCCUGGCUGAUCUACUCCCUCGUCAACUACGAGGGCAUGCAGGACCGACUCCUGCAAGAACUGAUCGACAACGAUAUCGACGCCGACACCCAAAUCACCGCCGACAUCACCGACAAACUCACCUUCCUGGACAAAUUCAUCAAGGAGACUCAACGCCGCCACAACCCCUCCUACCAACCCGCCCGGACUGCCAAGGUCUCCAUGAUCCUGCCCGGCGGUUACAAGAUCCCCGCCGACGCGGUCGUCAUUCCGGCCUUGCACCACGUCCACAACAAUCCCGCUGUCUGGGACAACCCAGCUCGCUUUGAUCCGGAUCGCUGGGACACCGAGGCGGUGCGCAACCGCCACAAGGCGGCGUAUAUCCCCUUUGCGACAGGUCCUCGCAUGUGCAUCGGGUUCAACUUUGCGCUGCAGGAAGUGAAGGUGUUUUUGCCCAAGUUGUUGUACCGGUAUAAGUUCACGCGGGAGAAUGACGGGCCCGUCGAGUACGAUCCCAUGUUCCAGUUGAUUCGUCCGAAUAACUUGUACGUGCGGGCCGAGAGGCGGCAGAAGUGGCCGCCCAAGUCGGAGGCGUAA